GGAAGACUUGGCUGGGAAGGACCAGUUCCAAAUUUCCCACAACACAUGCAGUGGGCAAGUGGAUGUGGGGGGAGUGGAGAGAAAGAAAAAGAUCAACGGCCUCACAACUUGCCAUCAGCGUCUUGCACCACUUCCCAGCGCUCAGCUUCCGCCGAUAUUUCCCCUUCUCUUUCACCCCAGUCAAACACCGACCAGAUGGGGAAGGAGGCCUCUUUAUGAUGUCACUGCUGCUGCUUCUGCUGUCCUUGCUGUUGUGUGGGUCUCAACUUCAGGCGGGAGACUAUGUCCUACAGGUGAAGAGAGUCGUGAAGGCACAGGAGGGUCUGUGCAUUUUGGUGCCCUGCUCUUUCUCCUCCCCUGAGGCCCGCUGGUAUAAUGCUUUCUCAGCUUAUGGCUACUGGUUCAAAGAAAUCAGAAAACCAUCACUUGACUUUCCAGUGGCCACAAAUAAUGAAAACAAAUUGCUAGAACCAGGAACCCAGGGGCGAUUCCAGCUCCUUGGGGAUCUCCUCAAAAGGGACUGUUCCUUGCUGAUCAAAGAUGUGUAUUGGAGAGACGCGGCAAGGUAUUUCUUCCGGAUAGAGAGAGGAUUUGAGAAAUUCAGUUUUCUGGAUGGGUUCACUCUGCAAGUGGAAGCCCUGACUCAGAAGCCAGAUAUCUUCAUCCCUGAGAUCCUGGAGCCUGGGCAUCCAGUGACAGCUGUCUGCCUGUUUUCCUGGACCUCUGAGCAAUGCCCAGCUCCUUCUUUCUCCUGGACGGGGGCUGCUGUCUCCACCCAAGAACCCAGACAGCAAUUCUCCUAUUACUCUGUGCUGAGCUUUACCGCGAGACUUGAGCACCAUGACACCGAGCUCACGUGUCGGCUGGAGUUCUCUAGGAAGAACAUGCAAAGGACUGUCCGACUAAGCGUGGCCUAUGCCCCCAGAUCUCUUGCUAUCAGCAUUUUCCGUGACAAUGUGUCAGUCGCAGAAUUGCCUGGAGACACUCCACAUCUGGAAGUCCAGCAAGGCCAGUCUCUGCACCUCCUCUGUACUGCUGACAGUCAGCCCCCUGCAGCACUGAGCUGGGCCCUGGAGGACCGAGUCCUCUCUUGGUCCAGCCCUGUGGGUUCCAGAUCUCUGGCACUGGAGCUGCGCUGGGUAAAAGCUGCAGACACUGGACGCUACACCUGCCAAGCAGAGAACAUGCUGGGGUCCCAGCAACGUACCCUGGACCUCUCUGUGUUGUAUCCCCCAGAGGACCUGAGAGUAACUGUUUCCCAAGCGAACAGGACAGUGUUGCAAAUCCUCAGGAAUGUCACCUCCCUCGCAGUCCUGGAGGGCCAGAGCCUGUACCUAGUCUGUGUCACCUAUAGCAACCCCCCGGCCAGUCUGAGCUGGGCUGGGGGGACACAGACCCUGAUCCCAACGCAGUCUUCAGAGCCUGGGGUGCUGGAGCUGCCUCUGGUCCAGAGGGAACACGAAGGGGAAUUCACCUGUACUGCACAGAACCCACUGGGUGCCCGGAGCAUCUCCCUGAGCCUCUCUGUGCACUACCCUCCGCAGAUGUCUAGCCCCUCCUGCUCCUGGGAGGCUGAGGGCCUGCACUGCCGCUGCUCCUCCAGGGCCUGGCCUGCCCCCUCCCUGCGCUGGCGGCUGGGGGAGGGGCUGCUGGAGGGGAACAGCAGCAAUGCCUCCUUCAAGGUCACCUCCAGCUCACUUGGGCCCUGGGUCAACAGCUCUGUGAGCCUCUUUGGGGAGGUGGGGCCCAGCCUCUGGCUCAGCUGUGAGGCCAGGAACACCCAUGGGGCCCAGACCGCCUCUGUCCUACUGCUGCCUGAUAAGGACAGUCCCUCAGCAUUCUCCAAGGGAGCAGUUUUGGGCUUUGGCAUUACAGCCCUCCUCGCCCUCUGCCUCAUCAUGAUCAUUGUGAAGACCCUACAGAAGAAAGGAUCCCACGACAAAACCUUGAGACCCAAGCUGUCACGCGGCAGCACAGUCCUGGAUUACAUCAAUGUGUUCCCCAAGACCAGGUCCCUGGCUCGGAAUUGCAAGGCCAAGCCAGAAACUCCUUCCAGGGUCCCGCCCCUGGACGCUCAGUCCCCUAAAUCAAAGAAGAACCAGGAGGAGCCACAUGUAACACCUCCUGGCUGCCCAGGCCCCAGAUCAUCCUCUCAGGCCCCAGUCUCUGAGCAUAAUCCAGAGGAACUCCAUUAUGCUGCUCUCACCUUCUCCCGCCUCAGACUGGGGGAGACCCAGGAUGCCCAGGAUGCCUCUUCUGAUUAUGCAGAAGUCAGAUUCCACUGAGGGCACCCUGGACUUUAGGACUGAGACCACCCACAGGGAAAACGGUACGUCAGUGAAGAAGGCCUCCAAAGAGCACAGCUUUUUAGUUGGACAUGAUAGCACAAGCCUUUGAUUCUAGCACUUGGGAGGCAGAGGCAGGCAAAUCUCUGUAAGUUCUAGGCCAGCCUGGUCUACAAAGCGAGUCCAGGACAGCCAGGGAUGUUACACAGAGAAACCUUGUCUCAAAAAUAAAUCAAUAAACAAACAAACAAACAAACA